AUGUUUGGCAAGAGGAAAACUUCGCAGAAGCCGAACGAGGGGCUCAUUCGAGAAUUUCGCAAUGAUUUCCCGCAUGUCUUUUCCGAGCUUUCGAUCGCUCCGGCGCUUCACCCAGAGGGUCUCGUCAGCCACGCCCAACCACUACAGCCUGCGCCCUGGGACGAACCACCGUCCACGUCCACGCCGACGAAUCUCCUCAGUUUUGUGAGUCCCACAAGUCAGCCGCAUGCCGUCUACACGCCACUGCCCGAUCAAAUGUGCGCCGUCCUGCAUAGCCCGGCAGGAGAUUUGCACACCCCGACCGUGGAGUGGAACCUGACCAGCUCGCCCUUCCGCUGGACCCAAAUGGUCAGUGCCCAGACGGUCCGUUCCCAAGAUGACUCUCUACCCGCCAACAUCGCCCUGUUCCCCUCGCUCGACCCGAGCCAGGUCUUCUCCAAUGUGGACCCAUUCGCCCCGGCCUUACAUGCGUCACCCAUCGUCGCGCGCUAUUUUGAUCAGGAUCAUCAGGAAUUCGUGGCGCCGGAUGAAUGCGAUCGGAAAGACUCGUUCAUAGCAUCCGUCAGGCAACUCUCGGCGGACCACUCGGAAUCGCUGACAUCGAAUGCCCCUGAGAGGGCCGCCGUACAUCCGGAAAUCCCAUCCCGCUACCAUGUCAUCCUCCAUGCGCCGACCGCGAUGUUCGACCAUGCCCGCGAUAUCCCCGUGACCUAUCUGAACAAAGCCCAGGCCUACACGAUCACGGUCGUCGACUCCCGUCCGCCGGUCGCGCCCGCCCAGCCGAUCCAAUACCGGACCCGAAUCGGAAUCGCGUUCGAAGAACCCACCCACCGAUGCAAUCCGACCCUCUGCUGGCAACUGUGGCACGACGCGCGGGGUAAGAGUGACGCCGAGCGACGGGGCGGUCGCCCAUGCGCGGUGGAAUUGGUAGCGCUGAAGGGAGGUGGCCGGGAGUCUGAUCCGGCGUGGCAUCUGGAGAGUGCGUCCUUUAAUCAGUUCUGUGUUUCGUGGACGAGUCAGGCAGAGGCCAGUUCGUCGGAAUGCCAGAUUCUCGUGCGAUUCCAUUUUCUCUCCACAGAUUUCACGCAAUCCAAGGGGGUAAAGGGGGUGCCGGUGAGAUUAUGCGCGAAGACGGAGAGGAUCUCGUCGCCGGAAGUCCCGUCGGAAGCCGAGACCCAGGCGGAAAUCUACUAUUGCCGUGUGAAGGUCUUCCGGGAUCAUGGUGCUGAAAGAAAGCUGGCCAAUGACGUCGCUCACAUCCAGAAGUCGAUUGAGCGUGUCGAGAAACAAAUCGCCCGGGCGGACUAUCACGGGGGUGCCCUCGGUAAGAAGCAGAAACGCAGGAGCGUCGCGCACGGGAGCACUCCGAGUGAUCCGACCCGAUCGAUGAGUCGCUCUCCCAGCGUGUCCACCCCGGGCGAUCUGUACAAGGUGUUGUACGAUCUGCAACAACUCUUCACGUCCCCCCUUUCGGUGAGUGUGUUUUCCCUGCCUGGAGAUGAGCAGGACGACCCAGAUCAGCUGGCUAGCAUCACGCUGGGGAAUCAUCCGCCUUCGCCACCCGAUGAGACGGACGUUCGUGGCGAUGCCGACUACGAUGGUCCGACCGAAGAUGGCUUUCCUAAUCGACUGUCUCGUUCUCCCGCCCAACUGUCGUACCAUAUCACUCUGGACCAGGCCACGUCGGCCGACCCGCGCGUGGCCUGUUUCUACGUCCAAAUCCAGAAGAAUAGCCGCCCGAGUGCCUAUUACCAUGCGGUAUACCUGUCCCAGCGGACCGUCCACGAGUUGGCGUUGCAGCUGGCCAAGCACGCUCGCGUCGACCCGAGAGGCAUCACUCGCGUGGUCCAUGUCAAACGAAUGGGACUAUCGAUCAUGGUCGAUGACGACGUGGUCCAACACCUGUCAGAGGGUCAAGACAUGAUUGCGAGCUUCGUAGAGCUCCCUGCAGUGAACCAUGACCUGCGUUGCCAGCCUCGUUUUGAGGUGCAAUUGACCUAUUAG